CAAACACACCACGUUUGUUUUGUAAGUCUCCGUGGAGUAUAUCAUAAACAUCUUUCUAUUGCAUGGUGAGUACGCAUUAGUUUGAAUUGAUUCUUGACUAAUACCUGAAAUACAGUUGCUAGUUAUUUGCAGGCUACUGUUUUUCACUACUGUCUUGUAGAGACGUUAUUAUUAUCUGACUUUUAGGGGGAAUCGUUAUAAUUACAACAAUUAUGAAGUCAAUUGCCAGCAUAUCUUCUGUGAGAGCUAUGUGUCAGUAUUCCGCUUACGCGUUGGUCUUAAGUCGUGGUUUAAUGGAAAGUCAUACACAUCUGCUUGCACGACUUUUUGCUGGGCAAAUACCAUGCAAACGUCUAGCACCACCGUGCAUUUCAACUUUGCGCCGCUACCAUACCACAAGUGAGAGAGGGGCGAUGGCACAUCAGUUAUGCAACCUGCCAUCGACAGAGGAAAAAGACCAUGAACUGAUGUUGCAUCUUGAGAGAUGCCUUUCAUGUACCGGUAAUACAGCAACAGGUGCUGUGGUCACACAAACAGUAUCUCCUAUUUCUCCAAACAAGACUCAAGCCAUAAGAGAUUCCCUCACGAUGAAGGCCCUAUUUGAAGGCGAGGUCUUGCCGGAACUCUGCACCAGGUUGACCGAGGCCCCUAGUAAUCAAGAGAGAAUCAAGCAUCUAGCCAUUUUACUGGGAGUGUGUGUGGAGUUUGGUGUGGACCCUUACAGUCCAGUAGUUUCCAGGUUAAAAGAGGAGUGCAGAGCACAACUCUCACGAACAGACAUCAAGCUACCACACUUGUGCCACCUUGGAGAGGUGGCCUACAGGCUGGAAGGCAGGAGAUCUGAGAUUGUGGUGCAGGUCCUUGACUCUGUGAGCGCUAGCAUGGACAAGGCUCUCUCUCCUGACGAUGCUGCCCAGGUGUACUCCCUCCUGGCUCUAUGCCAGGACACCCACCAGUGGAUGCUUGGCCUACACAGGCAAACAGAGCGGCUGAUCCACAGACUGACUGCCAGCAACAUCAGUGACAUCCUCUACUCCCUGGGGGCCCUGCAGCAGAGCCAGGCCAUCUCUCUGAUCCUCAAGCUCAGCCGCAGGGCCUCCAGGCUCUUCCAGGACUUCACAGGGCAGGAGCUGCUACGGGUCCUGGCCAGUCUCAUGCACUUUGGACAUCAUGAUCAGGGGUUCCUGGCAGCCAUGGAGAAGCACCUCCCAGGCAGGAUAGCAGAAGGUGACGUGGAGCUCAUCAGCACGGCGAUGGAGUUCUGCCUACAGAUGAGCUGGCGCUCUGAGCCCAUCUUUGAGGCCGUAGCAGAGGGCUUCGUCAGUAAUGCGGAGAAGUACAGCACUCCCCAGAUCGCAUGCCAGAUCGUAGCCAUGGGGAGGCUGAACUACCUCCCGGAGUGCUCCAGUCAGAUGUUUAGCAAGCUGGAGAGCAUCCUGCAGUCCCGCUUCUCCCAGUUCCAGCCCCGGGCUGUGAUCGAGGUGCUCCACUCAUGCAUCCACCUAGAGAGGUUCCCAAUCAACUUUGUUUCCAAGGUUUUCAGCCCCUACUUCCUGCAGAGGCUGCAAGCACAAGGGGAGCCCCUGGAUAAGAAUUCCCUAGGUCAGCUAACCCAGCUCAACCUGUCCACCUCACUGGAGUGCACUCACUACAGGGGUCGCAGGCUGCCUUACGACUAUCACAUAAAGAAGUUCUCCUCUGUGGACCACUCCUUUGAGACACCCAUGGACAGAUAUCUCUACAGCCAGGUUAAAGGGCCUCUCAGCACUCUACUUGGGGGCAAGGACCACUACACCACCAGAGUUUUCACACAGACUGGAUACACUAUAGACUUGGAGAUCAAUCUGGAUGAAGAUGGCUUUGUCCUGCCUCUCUCUCAAUGGGAACACACUCAGAGGAGGAUGGCCUUGUGUCUGGAUGGUAAGGACCGCUUCUGCAGUAACACCCAGCACCUGCUGGGAAAGGAGGCCACCAAGAGGCGUCACCUUCGUAGAUUGGGCUACCAGGUGGUACAGAUCCCCUACUAUGAGUUUGAGAAGCAGAGAAGGCCGGAGGACCAGGUGCGCUACCUCCACAAGAAGAUCUUCCCCACCAUCUUCAAGUUUAGCCGCUGAUCUGACGGACUUAACUUUAUAUGGACAUUUGGCCGACAUCAGCAAACAAACACGACAAGUCGACAACCUGCUGGUUGGUUGGUAACGUAAGCUGAAGAAGACAAGAUGGAGAAUGUUUUCUCCUAAACUGUCUGUCAAUCAUCUCUUGAUGCAUUGGGUAACCCUGCUGUUUGUGUUAUGGAUAUAUCGGUUGAACUUGAAACAAGUAUAACUUGCCAAACAUGGUAUAGUACAUUUUACGCAAGAGAGGAAGGCAUAACGGGCUGCUUGGAUGUAAUAGAUAAGCUGUGUGCUUCGAAGCUUCCUCUGCCGGGUACUAAUUACCAUGAAUAAUCAUCGACAGACCAUUUAUUUUUGUUCCAAGUGGGAGAUUGUGUAUGUUGU